CAUAAAGUAGUUCCUUACAGUACACACUUUUCUCCACAAGAUGUAGCCAACAGCUCAAGGCCAGUCUGCCAAGUAGGGGUGUGUUCUCAUACACUUAACCGGAAAUGCUAUGAAUGCAUUCCUGUUGAACAGUGCUCACAGCUGUCAUUGCACCAUCAUGACUGGUAGAGGAAAACCACACAAGGCAAAGACUCCUGAGACUAAGUGCGCCAAGAACAAAACUAGACCUGAAGAAGUUAAACAAGUUUCUGUGCCAAGAUGUCCAGGAAAAGACUUCACACAAGAGAAGCCACAUGCUACCAAAAAGGAACCAAAACCAAAGGAAAGAGAACUGAAAAAGCCAAGCCACACUGAGGACAAGCCAUCUGCACAGAGCACAAAGACACCAAGGAGACCACAGGACGUGACAAAGGAUUCUCUGAAGACCACAAAAGCAAAAAAGUGUGGCGGGAAGGAAGAAUCACCAGAACAAAUUGCAAAGAUGACCAAAUUGCACACAGAGACAACUAAGGACACCACAAAGGCUUCUACAAAGACAGGUAAAGCAAAAACAUGUGGUAGCAAAGCCAAAUCACCAGACCGGCUCACAAAAGAGACAACAAAAAAGCAGCCACAGACACCUAAACAGCACACAAAGGCUUCUGUCCCACAAGCUGAAGUGGGCACCAUCCUCUACUCAACUUUGGAAAAACUGAAGAUUAAGAAGAACGAUAAAUCAAAUGCAUCAGAAGUCAUCAAUGAAAUAAAAAAAAAUAUCAUCAAGCAUUUAAAAGAGAACACAGUUUGCUUUACAGAAGUAGAAGCACCACUGUGUACUGGAAGUUACUAUGAAAAUGUCAAGAUUUCUAAUCCUGAUGAAUUUGAUGUGAUGUUGGCCAUGCCGGUCGACCGAGUCAACAUUGAACCAUUUGGAGAUAAUGGAGCCUUUUACAGUGUGGAAUUAAAACGUGGCAGGAGUCCACUGAAAAAAUUUGAGAACACCAGCACUUUAUCAGCCUGUAAAAUGCUCGACGAGUUCAGAGAAGAAGUGAAGAAAUGUGUCAAGGCAUUUCCAGAAUGGCAGUUGACAAAAAAGAAAAGAGGCUGUCCUGCAGUGACCCUGACCACAGAAGUACAAUCAGUAACCAUUUCACUUGAUUUUGUUCUCUCACUUGUGGUUAAAUCAAGCUGGCCUCCUUUCACUGACAAUGGUCUUAAAAUAGAAAGCUGGCUAGGAACUAAAGUAAGGCAAGACUACAAGCGAAAGCCAUAUUAUCUUGUCCCCAAAUAUGAAGGGAGGGGUACAGUGGAAAAUGACGGAGUCCUUGCCAAAGAUGCUUGGCGGGUUUCAUUCUCUCAUAUUGAGAAGGCCAUUCUGAAGAAUCACGGAUCAGAGAAGACCUGCUGUGAACGAGACGGUGAUCGCUGCUGCAGGAAGGAUUGUUUGAAGCUCCUAAAACACCUCCUCAGUCUGCUGAAGGAAAGAGAACCUUCAUUUGACAAGUUCUGCUCCUACCACGCCAAGACCACACUCUUACAUGCCUGCUGCUCAAGAAUUAAAGACAGCGAGUGGAAGGCCUCAAAUUUAAGCCGGUGUUUUCAGCUGCUCUUGGAAGACUUUGUAGGCUAUCUGAAAAAGGGUGAACUCCCCAACUUCUUUAUCCCAACCCAGAACCUGCUCUCUGGCUUUGACCAGAGGAAGCGCUAUAGUUUGGCUAAUUGUAUUAUGGAGCAAUGUGACAAGGGCUUUCCUAUUUUCCAUUAAGUGCUUUACUUGUGGUAUCUAGCCAGCAUUUAAAACAUCCUUUAUAUGAAAAUUUGACAAUUAAACUCCCAGUAAUCUAUCUUCUAUUGGUUUUAUUGUAAAGUUAUAUAAAUAAGGUUAAGUAGCCUGUCAGGAAACAAU